UCAAAAUCAAAUUCGUCUUUUAGCUUCAUAUUAUUCCCACACAGAGAGAAAAGCAGGAGGACCAGGACCUUAUCUUUGGGCAAUUGGGCUUGCCUGCCUGCCUGCCUCAUAAUAACACAAAAGCCAACACAACACUAACAUCCAACAGAAAAUCUGCUGAAAUUAUUUCUCCAUUUCUCUGCUUCUUCUUCUUUAUCUUCUUCCCUUCUUUCUCAGUAAUAUUAACUGUUUGUCUAGAGUUUCAGUUACUUGUCGAUUUACUUUUAUUUCUAUGUUGCGAUGAUGUAUCACUGUGUUCCGGAUUUUGACAUGGACGAGGAUUGCUCGAUCCCUACGUCUUCAGUUCUAACACGCCCUAAAAAAUCAGCUAUGCCUGAUCAGGACGAUGUUAUGGAGUUGCUGUGGCAAAACGGGCAAGUCGUUUUGCAAAGUCAGACACAGAGAACUCCUAAGAGAUCAACACCGGCUAAAUUCGAUGACGCCGUCAUUCCAGCUCACCAAUCAGGUUCCAGAGAGAUCCCCUCACACCAGCAGCAACACCAAGACCACCUCUUCAUGCAAGAAGACGAAAUGACUUCUUGGCUUCACUAUCCUCUAAACGACACCAAUUUCGACUCCGAUUUUUGCGCCGAUCUUCUCUAUCCAGCUCCUUGCGUUACUACUAACACCACCGCCACUCCUCCCGUUCGUACAAAUCGCGUAUCCGAUUCACGCCCACCGAAGACUACAACUGCUACGGCUUCAAGGCCUCCGAUUCCUCCGCCGAGAAUGACGGAGAGUUUCGUGCAGUUCUCGAGACCAAGGCCAGUGACUGAAACAUCAGGGCCGUCAAAUUCAAAAAGUCUGAUGGUGAGAGAAUCGACGGUUGUGGACUCAAGUGAUACACCAGCUGUGAGGCCUGAAUCUAGAGUUUCGGAGGCGGUGAGGAGUACGGACGGUGCAUCGGGAAUGAACAACGUGUGCAGGACCUUGAGCGGUGCUGGAUUGGCAGGUACAUCAUCAGCUGGUGGAGGGGGAGCUGGAGGUGGUGCUGGAACAAGAGAUUUAACCACGUUUGAAAUGACAGUGACGUCAUCACCAGGCGGCUCUAGCUCUAGCGCCGAGCCGGCUCAGAAGCCGCCAGCUGAAGAUCGUAAACGCAAGGGAAGAGAAGCCGACGACGAGUGUCACAGCGAGGACUUUGAGUUGGAAUCUGCUGAUGCGAAGAAACAAAUUCGUGGAUCAACAUCAACAAAGAGAUCUCGUGCUGCAGAGGUCCACAAUCUCUCAGAGAGGAGACGGCGAGAUAGGAUAAAUGAAAAGAUGAAGGCUUUGCAAGAACUCAUACCUCGUUGCAACAAGGUAUCAGACAAAGCUUCAAUGCUAGAUGAGGCAAUUGAGUACCUGAAAUCUCUUCAGUUGCAAGUGCAGAUGAUGUCAAUGGGGUGUGGCAUGGUCCCAAUGAUGUUCCCCGGCAUGCAACAGUACAUGCCAAACAUGGGAAUGGGAAUUGGGAUGGGCAUGGGCAUGGGCAUGGGCAUGGAUAUGGGAAUGAAUCGGCCUAUGAUGCCAUUUCCCAAUGUUUUGGCUGGUUCACCGUUGCCAACACCAGCUGCUGCAGCUCAUUUGGGUCCGAGGUUUCCUAUGCCAGCCUUCCAUAUGCCAGCUGUUCCUGGGCCUGAUCCAUCCAGAAUUCAAGCAACAAACCAGUCAGAUCCCAUGUUAAACUCUUUCAGUAUGCAAAAUCCUAACCAGCCACGGGUUGCAAAUUUUGUUGACCCUUAUCAGCAGUAUCUUGCUCUCCACCAGAUGCAGUUUCCCCUACAACAGAAUCAGUCAAUGACCCUGCCAAGUGCAAGCAAGCCAAGUAGCAGCAAGGGAGCUGAGAAUCCAGAAAAUCAGCCAUCAGGAACGUGAUACAAUAGCUAAAUUCUCUUGGUGGAUAAAGAUUUUAAGUUGACAUACACUGUGGUAUGGUGGGUUCGAUGGGUUGCACAAGGCACGGAAUGAGAAGAUGCACAUAGAUGAUGAAUAUUCCGAGAAUUGCUGGAUGAUAUUUGCAGCAGAUCACAUUUGUAAGGGCCAUUGCCUCCCAAGCUUUGUAGUGUAACUGUAAGAGAACACCACCCACACCCACUUGAGAGCAGCUUUUGCUACUGCUAAUGUGAUAUAACACAGCUAACAUGUAAUUAUUACACCCCCCAAAUGUAAAAUUUAUUUCUUGGCCUCUUAAAA